AUGUUUGGCACGAAGACCCUGAGCUCCCUCAAGGACUUCUUCCCACAGAUCCAUCAGCCUCUACCCUUAACCCGACGCGAGUCCCAGCUCCUGCUCAAGACCCUGACGACAUCCUUCCGGAAUAAUCUCGACAGGGAGCAUGGCUACUGGAACGACAACGCAUCCGUCACCUCCCUGAAGGCUGCCAAAAAUGCAUCGGCACCAGCCUCCGUCAAGCCAAACGCCCAUCAUGAGCAUCAUCACCGACCGAUUGACCGUCACGUCCGUGCCAUCCUCUCAAAUCCCUUGUUCAGCUAUGAUCGUGCCGCCCACAACACCCGCCCAGCUGCCCCCGAGCGAGACCCAAUGGACGUCUUUGAUGAGGCUGUGGCAAAGGGCCUCAUGAAUCCACAGCGCGCUGCAGGCGUGCUCAAGGCAAAGCGGCACUCCAUCACACAGUCCUCCACCAUAUCCGUCAACGAGACCGUGGCUGGCUCCGGCACAGCCUUGCGUGUGAUCCAGUGGCUUCGGUCCCACGGUCAUGAGCGUGAUCUAUCCUUUGUCAGCUGCACUCCUUUGAUCCCCUACCUGACGCAGUUCAUGGUCGAGGAGGGUCUGGAGGAGAUUGCCUGGGUCUGGCUGGAGAGGCUGAUGAAUGGUGAAGGCCCCGACACACCCCUCAAGUCGCCUUCACCUGCCGCAUGUAUACUCGACAGUUUGGUAAGGGCCAAAGCACUCUUUGGCAAGAGUCUAGACGGGGGCCUCACGAGGAGGUAUAACGCCAUCGUCAAACGGGUGGCUCUGAUGGGUAUAGAUACUGUCGACCAUCUAUCCCGCAUCGGCCGUGAGAAAGAGGCGGACUCGAUCGGCAACCUGCUCACAGAUAGGUUUGGCCUCACACUGGUAGCAGCCUUUAAGCCAAGUCUAGGAACUGAUAAAAGGCGUCCGGAGCACCCUUUGCCCGCAGGCUGA